AAGGGGUGGGGGCUGGGGGAGGCAGAGAGGACGCGGACAAAGGAGGCGGCCGGCAGCCCAGCUGUUUUGAAAAAUGCUUCCUGUUUCUUUAAAGGCGCUCGCGGCCGGGCGGCCGGGCUGGGAGGCGGCGGCGGCGGCGGCGGGAGCUGCCUGCUCCCCGGGCGGCGGCGCUGACUGAUCUGGCGGACCGGGCUUCUGUGUAAACUGAGGCUAAACAAACACAGAUGGGGCGCGGCGGGCGCGCUCCAGAAACGCUGGCCCCGCGGCCGCGGCUGCAGAGGACGCUCUGAGCGCCCGGGAGCGGGCUGCCCGCAGCUUCGCGGAGCCGGCGGCGCAGCUGCCCCGCGCGCGGGGGAGCGGGGAGAGGAGAGAGAGAGAGAGGAGCGAGGAGAGAGGAGAGAGAGAGAGGGCGGGCGGGAGGGGCGGGGGUGAGCAGGGAGAGCGCGAGCCUCCGCGGCGCCGGGAGCGCCGGCCGCCGGCAGAGCGGGCAGAGCCGCGUGCAGAGGAGCGCGGCGGGCGCGCCCCGGGCAGCCCCGCGCCUUCGCCCCGCGCGCCGCCCGCGCCAUGAAGCACCUCCCGGUCCUCGAGGACGGGCCGUGGAAGACCGUGUGCGUGAAGGAGCUGAACGGCCUCAAGAAGCUCAAGCGCAAAGGCAAGGAGCCGGCGCGGCGCGCGAACGGCUAUAAAACUUUCCGACUGGACUUGGAGGUGCCCGAGCUGGGCGCCGCGGCCGCCCACGGACUGCGGGACAGGACCCCGCGGCUGCAGCCCGUCCCGACCCCGGUGCCCGCCCCGGUGGCGCCGGCCGUUCCCUCCGGGGGAGGCCCGGACGCGGCGGGGGAGCGCGGGGGCGCCCGGGCGCCGGAGGUCCUGGAGGCGCGGAGACGCGGCUUCUCCCUGGGCGCUGUGGGUCCGGGGCUCCCCACGCCGCCGCCGCCAGCACCCCAGGGCCAGGUACCUGGGGGUCCCGAGGUGCAGCCUUUCCGGGAGCCUGGCCUGCGGCCCCGCAUCCUGCUGUGCGCACCGCCCGCCCGCCCCCUGCCUCCCGCGCCCCCCGCGCCCCCGGAGACCUCCGCGCGCCCCGCGCCCCCCGCGCGCCCCGGGGAAAGUUCCUACUCGUCAAUCUCACACGUCAUUUACAAUCACCACCCGGAUGCCUCCGCGUCGCCUAGGAAACGGCCCGGCGAAGCCACGGCCGCCGCCUCGGAGAUCAAAGCCCUGCAGCAGACCCGGCGGCUCCUGGCGAACGCCCGCGAGCGGACGCGGGUGCACACCAUCAGCGCCGCCUUCGAGGCGCUGCGGAAGCAGGUGCCGUGUUACUCGUACGGGCAGAAGCUCUCCAAACUGGCCAUCCUGAGGAUCGCCUGCAACUACAUCCUGUCCCUGGCCCGGCUGGCCGACCUCGACUACAGCGCCGACCGCAGCAACCUCAGCUUCUCCGAGUGUGUGCAGCGCUGUACCCGCACCCUGCAGGCCGAGGGGCGGGCCAAGAAGCGCAAGGCAGAUUCUCCUGGCUCACCAGGGGCUUUGGCCAUCACUUCGCAGCUCGCCGACGCCCGAGACCUCCCCGGGCCCUCCCAGCCCGGACACAGUGUGAUCCUUGAUUCACGCCAUGUUCCUGCCCUCGGCACACAGCGGCCAACUCCGGCUGCUCAUAAAUUUCGCGCUGUCACCCGUGGCGCCCGGGCCAGGCGGGUGGAGGCGCUGGGGUGGCUCGGUCGUACCUGCGUCCAGUUCCCUGGGAAGCUGGGAGGCCGGACGCCCAAGCCCGCGCGUGCCCAGAAUAACCUUCGCGAAGCCGGCCCUCCGGGAGAUGUGGAAGCACGUCUGCCAAGUGCAGAGACGCAUGGGCUGCUCGGGACAAUUCAAACGCCCGCUCACGGGGCAGUAUGCACGGCACAAUUCUGCUUCCAUAAAGCACCGCUUCGGCGAUGUCGCCGAGGGACGGGCACCCAGAGCUGUCCGAGGUUUUCUCUUGAUGGGGAGAUUGGGGAGUGACUGGCCCUGCGCGGACCACGGACGUGCUGCGGGCCCUCUUUCCAGCCGAGCCUGCGGGGAAGGGAGCCGCCAAGUCCAGCUCGUCUUCUUCCAGGCGCCGCCCGAUGCUCAGACCACUGCCUCUCAGGGCCAGACAGGAACAGCUGCCCCACCCCCCGCCCGCCUGGCCACUCCAGUGACUGCACUUUGCCCUCUGGCUGGGGGGAGGGGAGAGCUCAGCCUCCCUCUUGCCUGGGCCCGAGGCCCACCUUCCGGCUGCGGCGAUUCGUUGCCAAAGACACCACCGAGACCCUGAACCAGACGUGGUGAGGAAGCCCCACAGAGAAGAGCCCACCGCUGCCCUGUGCCUGGCCCUCCCGGUGCCCGCUCGGUGCCCUCCCGGUGCCCGCCUUCCGUCUCACGCCAAAGACGGGUCAGCAGUUCCACCAGAACUCAUGGGAAGGACGGACGUUUGGUGAUCACUGGGUGCACCUGAGCUUCUGAGCUGGACCCUUCUUUCUACACUGAGCCCUGAGCUAGUUCAAGAUAAGCCCCCUGGGGGCUGUGAGAGGCGGGCUAGGGUGCCUGUCCGGAGUGGGAUCUGAGAUCCUGGCCCCCUUCUCUCCCUCUGCCCAGCUGCCCAGGCCUCUGACCCUGAUUCUCAAGGUGUCCUGGGCACUGAGCAUCAUGGGAAGGGGGGAGGGGGAAGGGGGAAAGAAGCAAUAUUGACCACUCUAUACCCCACCCCAGGGACCUGGUGUAGGUGACCUGCCUGGGGGGGAGGGGUCUUUGCUCCCCGCCAACACUCCCUGCCCACGGCCGGCCUGGCAAACAAGAUGGCGCCUGCUUGGAGGCCAGUGCUCUCUUACUAGCUACACAGCGGGCAGAGGGAGGAAGGGACCAGCGGGAUGGGCCAGUAUGUGAGGGAGUGGGGCAUGUUUAAAGCCAAGGCCUUCUCCUUUCUUUGCUCAAACGGCCAAAGCAGUUCAUAUCUGUGCUCAACCAUCUGCUUCAAAUUGAAGUAAAAGCGCCAAUGUGUAA